AUGGUGAGCAUGGUCACCUCUCGUGGUGGUUUGUUGUUGUUUUCCAUCAUCAUAUUAUUAUUAGGAGGAACAGCCGCGAGGAGGUGUUCUCAUGACGAACCACCGAUUAGAUUCCCUUUCCGAGUCGUAGAAGAAGAAAGAAGUGGUUCCGUAUUCCCAGUCGAAACAGACAGUCAUGCCUAUCCAGUCGGUUUCGAUAUAUCCAAUCAGUUUCUAAACAGACAGUCUUCCAAGUCUUCCAAGUCAUGCCCAUCUGCCACUUUUCUGAAUCUUCCAAGUCUUGAUGCCCAAUUAAAAGUAACAAACAUAGACUAUGUUUCACAGGAAAUCCAAAUGGAAUAUGAUCCAGAUAUUGAAUGCCUUUUGACACUACUACUGCUUUCGGAAAAUAAGAUUAGUAGUAGUCGACCAUUUAAAUUUCCGUUCCAAUUGAAAUAUGAUCGUCGAAAGAAUUACACAAGCUACGCUGUCUUCAAUUGCUCUUACACAAGCCAUAUUUUUUCAUUCCAAAUUCGCUUUGCAGCCUUAGAUUGUUUCCUUCUAAUGAUGAGAUUAAUGAGGAUUGGAACAUGGGCUGUACCAAGAUAUCUUGUGAAGCCAAUCGCAUGGGAUGCAAAUUUAAACGACAUAGCCAUGACGAAGUUGAGUGUUUCCACAGACCUAUACACAAAAAAGAGUAAACAUAUAUAUAUAUAUAUAUUCUUUUAUGUGUUUAAUUUGCGUGCAGUUGUGGUGUUAGCGGCGGCAGCUGCAUCAUUUUAUCUUUACACAAUAUACGAAAAAGAUAAAGAAUAUCGGAUAAGAAUUGGAAAGUUUUUAGAGGAUUAUAUUGCUCAAAAACCAUCAAGAUAUACUUAUUCUGACAUUAAGAAGAUUACAAAUCGUUUCAAGGAUAAGUUGGGCGAAGGAGCCUAUGGAACAGUGUUCAAAGGAAAGCUUUCCAAUGAGAUUUUGGUAGCUGUGAAGAUCCUAAACAAUUCAUCAAAGGCAAAUAAUGGAGAAGAGUUCUUGAAUGAAGUGGCUACAAUUGGUCAAAUUCACCAUGUGAACGUGGUUCGCUUGGUUGGAUAUUGUGCCGAAGGAUUUAGAAGAGCUCUCAUCUAUGAAUUCUUACCAAUUGGUUCGCUUCAUAACUAUAUAUCCUUAGAAGCCAGUCGAAGUGGAGACCGUUCACCACUUAGUUGGGAAAAAUUACAAGAAAUUGCCAUAAGCGUUGCCAAGGGAAUUGAGUAUCUCCAUCAAGGUUGCGAUCAACGAAUCCUUCAUUUUGAUAUCAAACCACACAAUGUAUUGUUGGACCACAACUUCAAACCAAAAAUUUCCGAUUUUGGGUUAGCUAAGUUGUGUUCUAAGGAUCAAAGUUUGGUAUCAAUGACUACAGUUAGAGGAACUGUAGGGUAUAUGGCACCAGAAGUAUUCUCUAAAAACUUUGGAAAUGUGUCCUAUAAGGAAGAUGUUUACAGUUUCGGAAUGUUGUUGUUGGAAAUUGUAGGAAGGCGGAAGAAUACAACUGAAACAGAUGAAAUUUAUUAUCCAGAGUGGAUAUAUAAUCUCUUAGAAGUAGGAGAAGAUCUUCGAAUACAAAUUGAAAACGAGGAAGACAACAAAAUUGCUAAGAAACUUGCAAUUGUAGGACUGUGGUGCAUCCAGUGGCACUCAGUGGGACGUCCAACGAUGAAAGUUGUUGUCCAAAUGUUAGAAGGUGAAGAAGCUCUCCACAUGCCGCCAAAUCCAUUUGUGUCAACAGGCCAAUCAAAUACACAUACAACGAUACCAUCAAGAAUAAUGACGCCUGAGUUAGAAACAAUUGUUGAAUGAAUGCAAUGGCUCUGUGUUAUGUAGUUUAUUUUUUUCUUUGUGUUUUCCCUUUAGAAUAUGAUUUUUGUUCAUGUUGUAUAAAAGUAAUGUAAGGAACAACAAUAAAGUAGUAUGUUUAACAUCUCGCUAUUGUGUUUAA